ACUCAUAAAAGCUUCCAAAACAUAAUCACACUCUUAUGUAUCACAAUUCACAACCAAACUGCACCAACAAAAAAUUCCAUUACAAAUUUGCAAACCAACAGUCUUUAUCCUCCAUUUUUUCCUCUCUCUCUCUCUCCCCCCAUUAAAUCUUUUGUUCAUUCAUUCAUCUAUCCAUCGUCAUCCUCUUCCUUUCACUCCCAAGCAAAGCAAACCCUCUUUUCUUCUCUCUGUGUUUGUUUUUCUGAAGAAAUAAAAACAACCCGCAAUUUAUUUUUCAUCUAUUUACUUGUUUUCAAGCAUCAAUGACUCGUUUAUUUCGAUCCAAAUCGUGCGGACACGUCAGAGUUGCGGAGUUCAAGCCGCCGCCACCGCCGCCGAGCUCUUAUUAUGACAGUGAUGAUGAGGAGGAAGAAGAGGAAGAGGAAGAGGAAGAGGAAGAAGAUGACGAUUAUUAUGGAGAUGGGGUUGGGAUUGGGGUAAAUGAAGAUGGGUUUGGCUUGGUUUUGAGAAAUUCAGUCUGUGAUAGCGAUGAGGACAAGCAAGAGGGAGCUACGAGGCAUAAUAAUAACGGGAAUCAGUUUCCGAUACUUGACAUUUUGGUAACGGCAUUGAGGAAAUCAUUGGUUACUUGCAGUGUGGAACCAGAUGAUGUUUCUUCCAUGGAUAUUAGCUCGCCUGUGAAUGUGAGGCAUGUUUCCCAUGUUACAUUUGAUAGGUUUAAUGGGUUUCUGGGUUUGCCUACAGAAUUCGAACCUGAGGUGCCAACCAGAGUGCCAAGCGCCAGUGCUAGCGUUUUCGGAGUUUCUGCCAAGUCAAUGCAGUGUUCUUUUGAUGACAGAGGAAAUAGUGUACCGACAAUCCUUCUUAUGAUGCAAAAGCGGUUGUAUUCAGAGGGAGGUCUAAAAGCAGAAGGAAUAUUUCGAAUAAAUGCUGAGAAUAGUCAGGAAGAGUUUGUCCGAAAGGAACUAAACAGUGGCGUAGUGCCACGAGGCAUUGACGUUCACUGUUUAGCAGGCUUGAUCAAGGCAUGGCUCAGAGAACUUCCUACAGGUGUGCUUGAUUCACUAACCCCAGAACAAGUGAUGCAUUGCAACACAGAGGAAGACUGCACUCAACUUGUUAAACUACUCCCUCCCAUGGAAGCUGCUAUCCUUGACUGGGCUAUCAAUUUGAUGGCAGAUGUCGUGCAACACGAAACAUACAACAAGAUGAAUGCACGCAACAUUGCGAUGGUUUUUGCACCAAACAUGACUCAGAUGGCUGAUCCUUUGACCGCACUAAUUCAUGCUGUACAAGUAAUGAACUUGUUAAAGACCCUUAUUCUCAAGAUCCUCCAAGAAAGGGAAGAAUCAGAGGCCAGGCAGCCAUCCUCUUGCUCGGAUCCUCCCAACCCCAAGAUCAAUAUGAAACCUUCAAACUCAACCAGUGAAAAAUCCACUGAUCGACUGACAAAUACAAUUGCUAGUGCUGCAAUCGAUGACGCAAGAUGUAUCAGUUUCGAUAGAGUUGACUACACUUCCGGGGGGAAAUUUGAAAGCUUCGAAGAGAAAGACGAAGAAGAAGAAGAAGAGCAAUACCAUUCAGCUUCUGGAAGAAGUACUCCGGUUCGAUAUGGAGUCGGGGCAUUACAAAGUGGAUAUGAAACAAGUGACUGGCUAAGUUUGAGAAAAGGGGUGAGGAAGUUAUGCAGGCACCCAGUAUUUCAGCUGAGUAAGUCAAGUAAGAAGAGUAGAAGUUUUGGAGUUGUGAGUUGUAAGUAUUAGGAAAAGAGGAGGAAACUGACUGCUAAGAUUUAUAAGUGUCCACAUAUUGCUUAGGCUUUUGCUGGGGUUUGUGUAAACAGUUGUAAUACUAAUAAUACAGAUGCGAGUGUUUGAUUAUUGGAUAAAUUUCAAAUGUUACUGUAACACGCGAGUGCUUUAAAGCUUUAGAGGAAGAAGACUGGAAAACCACAUUUUAUAGUCUUUCUCUAUUGUAAGAUCAUUGUGAUUGAUUGCCAAGGUAAUGGAAAAGUAUUCCUUUCCCUACUUAA